AUAUAAUCAAAUUUUGCUUUUUUUCUCCACAAAACCCUCUCUCUCUUUCUCUUUCUCUCUCGCGGAGACUGGCGUCACACUCUUUCUUUCAAUUCUUUUCCCCUCCGUCUCUAAUUGGGUUUCUCUCUACCUUCUCACCACUUCGCGAUUCACCCUCAACAACUCCUUUCUGAACCAGGUAUUAUCCUACUCAUGUUUCACGUUUUGCAUGUUUCCAUCUUCUUCACAACGAUGAAUCAACGCAGUUAAACACAUAUCGUUUGCAGAUAAAUUCAAUCAAAUGGAACCCAAUGAAGAUUGUAGCAGUGACAUGUCAGGAAAAGAUCCACUCCCUUCAGAAACUUAUGCAUAUGGUUUAUAUGGAGCAAUAGGAACCCAUUCUCGUAUUGGUGAUGAAUACCAAACCCAAAUCCCACCAUUGAUUACAAAUCCCGAGUAUCUUGAUUACAUAAAGAAUCCCAUUGAGGAAGAAAUGAAAGCAGGAGUAUCAAGUGAGUUCUUGAUAGGAUUAGAUAUACCAAUUUUUUGGAUCAAAAAAGAAAGGGAGAUGAAACUAGAAGCCCAAAUCGAUAUAAAGCAAGAGGAUUCAAAUUCAACAUCUGAUUUGGGUAGCAUUAGCAAUGACCUUUGUCUUGUUCCUGGCUGCUUUUUAGAAACAUGGACAGAAACUGAAAAGGGUAGUUUUGUCCUAGGAUUGUAUAUAUUUGAGAAGGAUUUUGUUCGAUUGAAGAGGUUUAUUGAGAGUAAAAACAUGGGGGACAUAAUGGCAUACUACUAUGGGACAUUUUAUAGGUCUGAUGAAUAUAGAAGGUGGUCAGAAUCUAGGAAAAGUAGAGGGAAAAGGUGUAUAAUGGGAGCAAGAAUUUUUACUACUUUAAGACAACAGGAGUUGCUUUCUCGUUUGAUGCCAAAUGUUUCUCAAGAAUGCCAGAAUUCCCUGUUGGAGAUUUGUAGGUCAUUUGGAGAUGGGAGAAUAUCACUAGAACAAUACGUGUUCUCAUUAAGAAGUUUAAUUGGGAUUAAAGCCUUUGUUGAUGCCAUGGCAAUAGGAAAAGGCAAGCAAGAUUUAACGGGCAGCAACAUAGAGCCGACCAAGCAAAACCAAGCCAUCCACAUCCGCCCGGAAAUCCCGGUCGGCAAAGCCUGUUCUUCUCUCUCAUCAACCGAAAUCAUUCAAUUCCUAACCGGCGAUUACCGCUUAAGCAAAGCCCGAUCCAACGACUUAUUCUGGGAAGCCGUGUGGCCUCGCUUACUUGCAAACGGUUGGCAUUCAGAACAACCAAACGGCUACAACUACACUGCAAAUGGAAAACACAAUUUGGUCUUCUUAAUGCCUGGAAUCAAGAAAUUCUCAAGAAGAUUAAUCAAAGGGGAAACGUAUAUGGAUUCGGUUACAGAUGUUUUAAACAGAGUCGCUUCACACCCACAGAUUCUCGAAAUUGAUGACGAAAACGGUGACAUUGAAAUGAAAUUACAAGAAGAAGAAGAAGAUGAAGAAGACGCAUUUCUUGAAAAAAGGAAAACCCAUUGUUACCUUCAACCUCGUGCCCCGAGUCUCGGAACGCUUUUAUUCAAGUUUACAGUCGUCGACACGAGUUUAUCCGGAAAGAUUGUAAGAGUGAGAGAAAUCGAACCCCGGGAUUUGGAUUCCGGUGAAGUAUCGGAAUUGGUUUCCGACGAAUCAGAUAGUGCCAACACCAACAUGUUUCUUGCGGAACAAGAAACGGGUUGUAAGCCAAACAAGAAACUGAAAACCGGUGAUGAAAAUGAAAGAAAGUCACCGGAGGUUAAAAGGAAGGUGGUUUCAAAGGCUAAAUUGGCCCGGAAAGCUAAACCGGAAAACAACUCCGGCCACCACAAACGUCGCCGGAGAUUAACCGCAUGCGCGAAAGCCGGUUCCAGCCGCGACACCGAUGAUUUGACGGAAAAUGUUGGUUCAUCCUCUCAAGCUAAUAAUCAUAAUUUGUCGUCGAAUUUAAGUUUUUCAUCAAAAUGCAGCUCGAUUGACACCGUUGAUGAACACAAGAUGAAUUUAAUUGAUUUGAAUGUGACUCCGGAAUUCAUGAAUUCUGAAUUUGUGCCGGAGAAGCAAUUGGAAAGUUUGGUGGUUCCGAAGGUGGAGGAAAACGGUGGUGGUGGUGGUUCGAGGAGGCAGAGCACCCGGAACAGGCCACCGACUGCUAGGGCGUUGGAGGCGCUUGCUAAUGGGUUCUUGACUGUUAACUGUAGGAAGAAGGGGAGAGAAGACGGAAUGCAGGAUUCCGGUUCCAGAUCGAGGGGUUUCCGGCAUUCCCGAGGUGAAAUUGGGGUUGUGAGUGAGUGUAGUACUGGUGAUGCUUCUUCUGUUGUGAAAGGAGAUGAUGAGAAUGGUCCCUUCAAUGGUGAAACUGCAAAAUAG